CGCCCUCCACCUCCCUCCUAUCUCCUCCCUUUGUGCGGCUGACAGGCUCCUUCUCGGCUUGGACUGGAACACAUAGAGAUAAUGGCUAUACCCCCCACCUACGUUGACCUUGGAAAAUCAGCCAGGGAUGUUUUUACAAAGGGAUACGGUUUUGGCCAAAUUAAGCUGGACUUGAAGACAAAGUCUGACAAUGGACUGGAGUUUACCAGCACAUGCUCGGGCAACACGGAGACCAGCAAGGUUGCCGGGUCGUUGGAGACCAAAUACAAGUGGGCAGAGCAUGGCCUCACCUUCACAGAGAAAUGGAACACUGACAACACCCUGGGGACCGAGAUCACCGUUGAGGACCAGUUACUUAAAGGGCUGAAGCUUACUUUGGAUUCCUCCUUCUCUCCAAACACUGGCAAGAAAGGCGGCAAGAUUAAGACGGCCUACAAGUGCGACCACAUCAACCUGGGCUGCGACGUGAACUAUGACAUCAACGGUACAGCUGUUCACGCCGCUGCAGUGGUGGGGUUUGAGGGCUGGCUCGCUGGCUACCAGACGACCUUCGAGGCCGGCCGGAACAAGAUCACCCAGAGCAACUUUGCAGUGGGAUACAAGACCGAUGAGUUCCAGCUCCAUACGAAUGUAAACGAUGGCACUGAGUUCGGUGGGUCCAUCUACCAGAAGGUGAAUGACAAGCUGGAGACGGCGGUCAACCUGGCCUGGACUGCAGGAAACAGCAACACUCGCUUUGGCAUCGCCGCCAAAUAUCAGAUUGAUUCUGAUGCAUCUUUCUCUGCAAAGGUGAACAACUCCAGCCUUGUCGGACUGGGCUAUACUCAGACUCUUAAGCCAGGGGUGAAGUUGACACUUUCUGCUCUCCUGGAUGGCAAAAACAUCAAUGCGGGUGGGCACAAGCUUGGUCUUGGUUUGGAGUUCCAGGCAUAGACGGAAAAGACAGCCGGCCUUCGUCUCCUCCCCACACACACUUAUUCCCCACCAAAAAAAUAUCUUAAAACCUCUAUGUCCAACCCCUAAAUCCCACAUCUUUUACCUUUGAAAUGUUACAGGUGGACGUAAGUGAAGGUGAAACUUGUUGCGCAACGAUUUUCAAAUGUUUAAGUACCACAUUUAUGGUCAAAAGCCCAAUUUAGAACAAAGCUGCAAAGGUUUGUCUGACGGCUAUAUGCUUAAUUGUUUAGAUUUCAAAUGAUGAAAUAGCCUUUAGUACAUCAUUUCAACAUGGUCAUACAGAAUGCUUUCAUUAUUAUUUUUUUAAUCCAUCAAAAAGGGAAAAUCUACACCAGAUCAGCCCAAUAGACUUAUCUGGCUUGGCACAGUUAGCAUGCAGUUGCAUUGUUACUCCUCCUGAUGGUGCUGUUACUUAGCUGUAGAAAGCACUACUCACUCAGAAGGUGUUGUGGUCAUAAAGAGUUUUUGUUGAACAUUUCCGCACUGAGAGCUCAUGUCUGUCUUGGAUAUAUUAUAUAAUGGGAAAGGUCAAGUGUCCCUGAAUUAACCAGCUGUCGAUAGCUCUGAGAGACACUACAACCCAAGGUGUACAUUCUGUGUUUUUGUCUCACUUGUUCUUUGUGUCUGUGCAUUUGGUGUGACUUAUAUUUUUUUGUUACAUAUAGCAACAGAGAAUAUUCUGUUAUUGAGGCUUUUGCAUAGUUAAAUCUACUCAAAGUCUUAAGAAGGCAAAGAUGUGUCAACCCUCUGGUCAAGAACACCACAGAUUUCCUGUCUAGCACAAAACUGAUGUAGUCUUGAUGAAAGUUUGUGCUAUUAAGAUACACUCCAAGGAAUGGUUGUCUUCCACAACUUAUGGGAAACAUUGUGAUUGUACUUGACAGUAUUGUCAUUCCCUGAUCUAAAUAAAGAACAUCGUGAACCAA